CGUAGUCUGGCGUGCGCCGCCACUUGGACAAGUCGCCUGCUUGUAGCUAGUGGCGAAGCGAGCCAUGGCGUUCACCGGAAGGGCGGCGUGGGCCCUGCUCGCCUGCUUGGCCGCCGUUGGCAGCGCUCGAGCGGCUCCGGCCGAAGUGCCUGACGGCCUGAAGCUGUGCCCUCAAGACGACAACCUGGACGCCUGCAUUAAAGACGCUGUGAGCGCCGCCUUCCCGGUCGUCGCCGACGGCCUGCCAACACUAAGUAUUCCACCCAUCGAUCCAUUGGACAUAAAGAAUCUUGUCAUCGGCCAAGGAAGUGGACCUGUGAAAAUUAAUCUAGAAUUCUACGACUGCCAGCUCCUCGGACUCAAAGAUGCUUAUAUGGAGUCCAUACAUGCAGAUCUGGAAAACUUCAAAAUAACAGGCAGAGUGAAAUUCAAUGGUCCUAUUAGAAUAAGAGGACCCUACAAAAUUCAAGGCAGUGUUCUUUUGUUGCCUAUUAAUGGAGAUGGCCAGACUAAUAUCACACUUAAUAAUUUGAUUGCUGACAUUGAUAUCCGAGGUGAAAGAAUAACCAAAAAUGGCCUAGAAUAUAUUAAAGUUGAUACUUUUGGCUUGAUGUUAACAGUUUCUCACUUGCAAAUGCAUUUCACAAACCUCUUCAAUGGGGACAAAGCUCUUGGUGAUACAAUGAAUAAUUUUCUAAAUGAAAAUUGGUCAGAGAUUUACAGAGAGCUUAACCCUGCAUUUGAGCAAACGUUAGGAGCAAUCUUUUUACAAAUUACAGCUCGAUUCUUCCAGAAAGUUCCUUUUGACAAAGUGUUUCUUAAAUAAUUUAUAAUUGUGAACCUGAUGUAAUAUCAAUACCGGGGUUAAAACAUAAAAUUACUCGAAAAUUUCAAAUCAAUCCAUUAUGAGAAUAUAAAUGGGUUGUUUAUAUUGGUAGAAUACAAUUUUUAACGAGAUGUUUAAACACCAACUAAAAUAUUAACUGAAACUACAUUUCAGUCAACUAGAGAAUUGUGUAAUAAGCCCUUUUAUAAAGUAAUGUAAGUUAGUAAUAUGAGUUAUUUAAUGUGUUUUGUUAAGUUUUGAACUUAAAUCAGUCAUUAUUGGAUGCCUGUACUUUAAGUACUGAGACUGGAGAUAAGUGAAACCAAAUUGCUGUUGGUUAAAAUUCCUAACUAGGAAUGUCCAACAAAAAAUUGUAACUAUGAAUAAAACAUUUAUACACAUUUUAAUAGUUUUGUAUCAAUUGUUAUCACACAUUUCCUUACUAUUUUUAAGCAUACAAGAAAGAAUUGUGAAUUUAAUCAAAUGCAUACAUACACAGUUAAAACCAAAAUUAAAUGUCAGACUGUAUUUCUUUUAAUUUUGAAAAUAAUGGAAAAAGGAGAAAAUGGUUGCUGCACAACUAAAUGCAACUUAUAGCUAGAUGGAAUCCUUGAAUUCCCAAAAUCCUGAAAAAGGUUUUUUGUUCUCUCCUCGUUGUCAGUCUUGUCAUUGAUGUAAGUUAGAAUAUUUUCUGACUUGCACCAAUAAAAAAAAAAGAGCUUAGAUUUGUAAAGAUUCUGGCACUCCCUUUAAAAAAAUGUGCAUCAAAUGAAAAACAAAAUUAAAUAAUGUUUUCAAUUUCAAUUUGAAUUGAAAAGAGAUUAUAUUUUAAAGAAGUGUUUCAGUGAAAAUACAAACAAAUUUCUUUUUGAUAUGUUGACUUGUGUGAUAUGUUU